CCUUCAUUUCAAUUUGGCUUCUUCUUUCUUCCCCUUCAGCUCGGUGGCCCUUUUUUUUUUCUUCUUCCAUCCCUUGCUAUAAUAAGAGCAAACCCGAAUUUCCGAUAAUCACUCGUUCGUUUACUUCCACAAAAAUGGCGACUCAAACUCUCACCGGACUGCUGAAGCACGUCGCCAACGAAUUCCCCGACCGCCGCGCCCUCUCCGUUUCCGGCAAACUCGACCUCACCCACGCUCGCCUCGAUGAACUCGUAGAACGCGCCGCCGCUCGCCUCACCUCCGCCGGCAUCAAGCCCGGUGACGUUGUCGCGCUCACUUUCCCCAACACCGUCGAGUUCGUUGUGAUGUUUCUAGCCGUGAUUCGCGCCAGAGCAACAGCGGCGCCUCUCAACGCCGCCUACACGGCGGAGGAAUUCGAGUUCUACCUAUCCGACUCGGAAUCCAAGCUAUUGCUCACUUCUCGCGACGGGAACACGGCAGCCGAAUCCGCCGCUUCGAAGCUCCAAAUUCGCCAUGCCACCGCCGAUCUCUCCGUACAAGAUUCCGAGCUCGCUCUCUCUCUUCCUCCGUCCGAGUCGGGAGCUAACUCGCUGGACCAGGUAGUGAACCAGCCCUCCGACGGGGCGCUCUUCCUUCACACCUCAGGAACCACCAGCCGCCCCAAGGGCGUCCCAUUGACUCAGCUCAAUUUAGCCUCUUCAGUUCAGAACAUCAAAUCAGUCUACAAACUCACCGAAUCCGACUCGACGGUGAUUGUCCUGCCAUUGUUCCAUGUCCACGGCUUGUUAGCUGGGCUACUGAGCUCAUUAGCAGCCGGAGCUGCCGUCACUCUUCCAGCUGCAGGAAGAUUCUCGGCUUCAACAUUCUGGCAAGACAUGCUCAAGUACAAUGCCACUUGGUACACAGCAGUUCCCACCAUCCACCAGAUCAUCCUCGACCGUCAUGUUAGUACCCCGGAACAGGUUUACCCCAAGCUUCGUUUCAUUCGGAGCUGCAGCGCCUCCCUCGCCCCGGCGAUCAUGGCUCGGCUCGAGGAGGCGUUUGGGGCGCCGGUUCUGGAGGCGUAUGCAAUGACCGAGGCAACACAUUUGAUGUCGUCCAACCCUUUGCCGGAAGAUGGGCCACACAAGCCCGGAUCGGUUGGGAAGCCAGUGGGACAAGAGAUGGCGAUCCUGAAUGAAAAUGGUGAAAUCCAAGGUCCCAACUCGAAUGGUGAGGUCUGUAUCAGGGGUCCUAAUGUGACCAAGGGGUACAAGAACAAUCCUAAUGCUAACAAGAGCGGAUUUCUUUUUGGGUGGUUCCAUACUGGAGAUCUUGGAUACUUCGAUUCCGAUGGGUAUUUGCAUCUUGUGGGGAGGAUUAAGGAGCUUGUCAACCGUGGAGGGGAGAAGAUAUCUCCAAUUGAAGUGGACUCGAUUCUUCUAUCUCAUCCAGACAUCGCUCAAGCUGUCUGUUUCGCGGUCCCUGAUGAAAAGUACGGCGAAGAGAUCAACUGUGCUAUCAUCCCAAGAGAAGGCUCGAAGAUCGACGAGGCAGAAGUGCAGAGCUUCUGCAAGAAAAACCUCGCUGCUUUCAAGGUCCCCAAGAAGGUGUUCAUCACCGACGACGUCCCCAAGACCGCCAGUGGCAAGAUCCAACGGAGAAUUGUCGCUGAACAUUUCCUUUCCUCCUAAAUCAGCCUCCAACUAUGGUGCGUACAGCUGCAUAGAAAAUGUAUGUUAUCUUUGUAACAUAAUGUGCACCCAAAUUUGGAAGAGUGGGUCUUUAUUUCUUGAUCUCAUUUCCAUCUCUUCCAUUGGCUCGUCCUUGUGUAAGUCAUCAGGUGACUAAGGGACAUGUCUAAGUCAAUCUCAGCCAUUAAGGUUCAUUAAAAUUUGAUGGUUGAAAUUAAUCUACUUUAAUGAG